AACAAAUGACACUACACUGCUCUUAGUAGGCGGUAGACAAACAACCACCCAGAGUGUAUUAUAGCCAUAGACGGAGCCCUAAAGCCAACUAGAUCCCUCUGCUUCGUCUUCUUUCCUGAGACUCUCUAUUAUAGCUACAAGAUUUCGCUAUAGGAGUAUACACAAAACUAGGAAAAUGGCAUUAUUUACAGCAGCAUCCACGACACGGUUUUCCUCUACAAAGCUGCAGUCUGUCCACUUCAACAGCAUUGACGGUCCAAUCCCCACUCAUAGCACGAGGGCAAAUUUCCCACAAAAAAGAGUAAUUGCUAUGUCUACGAAUCUCGCUGUUAAGGCUUCCUUCACCAAGGGAGGUACUGGAGUCUUGGAACGCCCCACUUUUGAUCAAUCCCAGUUUGACCCUUCUUCUCAAGCUCUCGAAGGAGGGGAUAUCGGACGACUAAGGGAUAAGAGAGGUGUUGGGAGUGGAGAUAGCUAUAGAGUCUUGCUAAUUGAUGAUGCUCGUCAUUCUGAAAGGUUAGUUGCAAAGGUAUUACCUCAAGCUGUUCCAUCAGUAACACCCGAUGAUGCUAGAAAACUAUUUCAUGAGUCACGAGAAAAUGGCGUAGCAGUUGUUAUAGUCACAGUUAAGAAAUCAGAGGAGACCCCAAAGGAAUGAGGGAUUACCAGCAUUGUGAUUUAAAAGGUGUUCAUCCAUGUACCAGCACUCAUGCGCACACAGCAUUUAAUCUCCUUUUCUUUUGACAAAUUUAUGUUGAAGAACUUCUGUUACAUUUGCUUUUAUAGUUAAACCACGUAUUACCAUCCUAACAAGACGACAGAGUUAGCUGAUGCACCUAUGAUGUGGAAAUGUUAUCUUGAUGGCUGCUUUUAAUAUGACAAUGUAAAACAUGUCUAGCACUAACCUUAUGACUGUUGGUCCUACCUGUACUUGUUGGUGGAUUUAGAUAACCAUGAUUAAUGAGUUGCCUAGUUAAGCUAUCUAAGAUGAGUGGU